AUGACUGUUCAUUUGUUUGGUGCAAUAUCAUCGCCCAGCUGUGCCAGUUUUGCCUUAAGAAAGACUGCUGACGACAACAGAGAAGAAUUCCCAGCACAUGUGAUCAACACCAUCAAGCAGAACUUUUAUGUAGAUGACUGCUUGAAAUCCAUGCCUUCAGAGGCAGAAUCCAUUGCAUUGGUGGGAAACCUGACAGCUGUAUGCCAGUCGGGAGGGUUUCAGUUGUUAAAAUGGGUCAGCAACAGUCGAUCAGUGUUGGAGUCCAUUGAUGUAGAGAAAAGAGCCAAAGAAAUGAAAGGACUGGAUUUCGACAGGGACAAUCUCCCUGUGGAGAGAACAUUGGGACUGCAAUGGGUAGCGUCACACAGAGAACCCAACGGCCGGGAUAGAGCUGAGGGCGCGUGUGCUCCAGCUUGCCUGAGUGCGAGCUGCCGGCUGGGCUGUGUGUGUUCCUCUCUGGCCCAGGCGUCCCGGGACGGCCAGGCGUCCCGGGGGGGCCACUGCGGGCGCCCCCCCUGCAUGUUCGGCUGCAGCUGCCUCAAACAGAAGGUGGUGCUGCUGAAGAACCUGGACGGGUCGGACUCCAGCCCCGGGCACACCGGGCCCGGCAGGAAGAGGAAGAGGAAGAGGAGGAUGAAGAUGGCCUACGUCCUGAAGGAGGCGGACAGCGUUUCCCAGCCUGCCGAGCGGGUCCGCACCCUGUGGACGAGAGGAGACCCCGACCCAGACCCGAUCCACGCUCCCAGACCUGCAGCCUCGCCCCACCGCGCCAGGAGAGAGCGCAGCUGUGCCAGAGUCCGAGCGUUCAAAGAGAGGAAGAAGAAGAAGAGGAAACAGAUUCUCCAGGAAACCCCAACGGAGACGCCUGAACACGUGAAGCAUCCUGAAGUCGUCCGGCUGAGAUCUCUGAAGCAAAGAGACCUGACGCUGAAGGACUCAAAGCCCACACCCUCCACUCCUCUAUCAGCAGUCGGUCCGGUUCCCUCAGUUCCUCCGGUUCCUCCGGUUCCCUCGGUUCCUCCGGUUCCUCCGGUUCCCCCGGUUCCUCCGGUUCCUCCGGUUCCCCUGGCCGAUCCGGCCCCGAAGCCGUCCAAGCGCCUGGUGAUCGUGGCGGACUGUAAGUGGGUGAGCGAUGGCGACCGUAACCACGUGUUGAAGCAGCUGUGCGAGGCGAUGGCUCGCGACCGUCUGGACCAGGCCUUCUGGAUCGGAGACUACUUGAUCAGCCCGCUGGCCCAGACCGUGGAGCAGAGCGGCGCCGAGCGGUGCAUCCACUACCGGAUGCACAUCUCCAGACCCAAACUGGAGCGGGAGAAACCUGCCAGGCCGGUGAGGGCGCCGCCGGCGAGGAAACAGGAGGACACGGAACAACAGAAGGUGGACAUGGAGGCGGAGCCUCUGGAGGACUGGCAACGGGAGGUGGAAGAAGACGAAGAGGAAGAGGAAGGGGCGGAGCCUCUGGAAGACUGGCAGCGAGAAGUGGAGGAAGACGACUUGGAGGAGGAAGAGGAGGCGGAGCCAACAGGGCCCCAGGUGCAUGAUGGGAGAGAGAGCAGCAGGACGGAGAUGGCGAGGAUGGGUCUGCCGUUCCUCACCGGAGUCUCCCCCACUGGCUUCCUCUCGGCCAAUAGGAAGCAGCCAGGCGGAACAGACCACCUGGUCCAGGUGAAUGGGAAGCUGUAUCCGCUGGCGAAGAUCCAGUUGGGGAGGAUGGGGGCACUCCAUCCGGCCAAUCGGCUGGCAGCGUACCUGACGGGCCGGGUGGGCUCCAACAGGAAGCAGCCGACCCCCCCGGCCCCCCCACCCAAACCUCCACCGUCUGUCACCGUGCUCACCCUCCCAACCUCCCCCACAGUGCUCCCGCCUGCAGCUGUGAAGGUCGACCAAUCAGCUGCGAGCUCUGAGCGGUCUGCAGGCGAAGGCCCUGAGGGGGCGGGGCCCCGCAUGGUCACAGUGAGGCUGUACCCAUCUCUGAUGGGGGGGAGGAGUCAGAUCAGGGUGGUACCCGCCAGUCCUGCUGGCUCCGCCCACCUUACAGACUCUCCUCCGGUGCCUGCGCCCCCUAAAAGCUCUCAGCUGUUGAUGCUGCAGGUCCAGGGUGCCCCCGCCAAGCCUGCGCCCCCCCCAGCCCAGACCAUGGUGCUGCAGCCCGUGCAGACGGCGUCCGGCGCCCAGUUCUACCGCAGACCGGACGGGAAGCUGGUCCAGCUGAUCCCCAUCAACCAGCUGAGACCAGUCAACACCGAGCCGUCCAAUCACAGAGUCGUCCCCGGUUCCCUUCAGGCUCCAGUCGACCAAACGCCCCCGACCCCCGUCGCCACGGUAACCAAGGUAACCACGGUAACGCCCGCCUCCCUGUCCGGCUUGUCCGCCUUCUCCGUGUCCCCCCUGGCCGCCCCGCUGCACCCCCCGUCUGGCUUCCUGUCUCAGAAGGGCACGUGCACCUUUAAAAUCCUUCCCUCGGACUCCAGCCGGGAACCAAUCACAGUCACCUGUCCCAGAGUUCCCGCCAAGACGCCGAUACUGCCGCAGCCGCGAGCCCCCACCGUCAUCCGCGUGCCCCCCACCACCACCUGCCGCCGCCACGCCGCUGAACCUCAUCUCCCUCAAACCCUCAGCAGGCCGGGGGGCGGAGCUCGGAGUCAAAACGGUGGCUGUGGCUCCGCCCACUACUGCUGUGGCUCCACCCCCUACUGUUGUGGCUCCACCCCCUACUGCUGUGGCUCCACCCCCUACUGCUGUGGCUCCACCCCCUACUGUUGUGGCUCCACCCCCUACUGUUGUGGCUCCACCCCCUACUGCUGUGGCUCCACCCCCUACUGCUGUGGCUCCACCCCCUACUGCUGUGGCUCCACCCCCUACUGCUGUGGCUGUGGCUCAGUCCCCUGCUGUGGCUGUGGCUCCGCCCCGUGCUGCUGUGGCUCCGCCCCUCCCGAAGGCCGAGCCUGCGUGCGCCCUGGUGGACCUGGACAUCGUCUGCGUGGACGAUGAGAUGGAGCUGGUUGCCGCGGAGACGGCGGGCGUGGUGGACGUGCACGGGUCGAGCAGCGAGACGGAGAACUCGUCGGACUUCGGAGACGAGCUGGACGAAGACGAAGAGAAAGACAACCAACGUUACCUUCACAACGUGCUGGAGAGGCAGAGGCGGGGGGAGAUACGGAAGCUGUUGGAUGCUCUGAGGAGAGAAGUCGGGCUGAGGGAGGAGAAGACCACGAAGAUCUGCACG